GCGCGACCGGAAGGGGGACGCUGGUUGAGUGGGACACAUCCGCUUUCUUUUGAUCGCCGCGGUCUCAGCGUCCCAGAGAGAGCUGCCGCUGCCUUGUCCUCUGCGACGGGUCUGGGUCGGGGCUUCCCUUUCGCUGCCUGUAUGGCCGCCUCCGUGAACUUUAAAACUUAUGUGGAUCAGACUUGUAGAGCUGCUGAAGAGUUUGUCAACAUUUACUAUGAUACGAUGGAUAAAAGAAGAAGGGUGUUGGCUAGACUUUAUCUGGACAAAGCAACAUUAAUUUGGAAUGGUAAUGCAGUGUCUGGACAAGAAGCACUGAAAGAAUUUUUUGAAAUGUUGCCAUCUAGUGAAUUCCAGGUUAAUAUGUUAGACUGCCAACCUGUUCAUGAGCAAGCUACUCAAAGCCAGACAACAGUCCUUGUAGUGACGUGUGGGAGAGUAAAAUUUGAUGGCAACAAGCAACGUUACUUCACCCAGAAUUUCUUACUGACGGCACAAGCUACACCUACCAGCACAGUGUGGAAGAUUGCAAGUGACUGCUUCCGCUUCCAGGAUUGGGCCAGUUAAUGGGGACUGAGAGGUGAUUGCUUUCCCUCUUCAUUGUGUGACUUCAGCUCUCUGGACAGUCAUUCUCUGAACGUGGAAGACCUUUAUCCCUUCUAGUGUGCCGUUUGUUCUGGAAGUACUGCAGAUCUGUGUUUUGCUAGUCCUAGUGGCCCAGGACAUAAAGGCAAAUGUAUUUUUGAAAUGGAAGAAGUUUGCUCAAGUUAAUUGGGCCCCUGUGAAAUAUUUAAGGCAGUGAGCCAAAGGGCAUACCCGUUCCUGAAGUUUGUGUUAGUGAUUCACUCAUGUAAUGUUGAAAUCAUUCCUGUAAAUGCCUUACUUACAACUAUCCUGCUGCUUCAGGAACUUUUUCAGUAAUAUUGAAUGCUAAAAUCUCCACUGCUUGAACAGUGAAUCCAUUCAUACAGAUGUGCAAUCAUUUCAGCUUAGAAACACCAUCUUUGAAGCAGACACCUAUGACAGUGAGAAAUGGAAUUAGUUGCUCCUAUGUGACGUGUAUGAAACUUCAGAACUGCUUAUUUUGAGCCUUGAGCUUGAUCUGGCAACAAUUAGAGUUCUUUUUUUCCAGUAAGAGUGGCCACAUCAAAGUAACUUCUCAUAUAUUAGAUGGGAGAGAUCCCACUUGGAGUUGUAGUGUUACCAAUGAAUUACAUGGUUUGGGGGAUGGGGGAAUAAAGGGAUUGGUAAAUACAGUCAUACUUUCUGCUUCCUCUCUGAAAAUUGAAAAUAUAACACUUGAACAUGUGUAAACUCUCAAAAAAUCAUCUGUUGUAAAGCCAGUGUUUAGUGUCCUCGAUGUACAAGGAAUACAACGCUUAUCAGGUUUCUCCUUUGGCUUAACCCUGUUAAUAUUUGGUUAGGAUCACUUAUGUAGAUCUAGGUCCACACUAACAGCUCUGUUGAAUGCAAAGGGAAAGGACAAGCAUAUUAAGCUGAUUUGAGAAGCUGCUUCCCUUUCUUUGGAAGUCUUGGAGUAUAAGCUACAUAUCAGUCAGCUGUUUCAUCCUUUGUUUUCUAUAGCUAGUAAUUUCAUUAUUCCUAUGAAGCACAACAUACUUAUUUUAUUGCAACUUUUUCUCCUAUUUUGAAUUUGCAAGCUUUUACCCCAUCAGUCUGAAACAUUAUAAUAGGAAAGUGGCAUUGAAAUAGUGUAUAUGAUAUGCUAGUCAUCUCUUUAGUGCAGUUGUUCAGAGUAGAUGCUUUGACUACUGUGGUCCCAGAAGGAUAUUAACCUCUCAACAUGAGAAAACUUUAUCUUCCUUCAAUCCAAAGUUAAUGCGCAACUUUCAUUUGUCUUUGUCCUGUUUGGUUUUUAUUAUGGGUUUCUCAGAAUAUGGUUACCUUAAAUUGCUAUACUCUUGGUUCUAUUUUUUAAAUUUUUUUAUUGUUUUAAAGUUUAGAGGGUAGCUUGCUUUCUUAACCUGAAUUAACGCUUUAGAUCUCAGGAUGGCAGCACUUCGUGUUCAGACUGCUAAUCUAAGUUGAGCAAAUUAAAAGGGUGGAAAUCUAGUCACAUAGUAAGUACUUGAAAACACACACUCUGCUUGUAAGUAAAAAUCUAUUUGACUGUAACUUGUAAAUCUGAUCUUAAUUUCAUCCUGACAGAUGUUUUGACAAUUCACAAGGCUGUUACCUUUAUACUUGUAAGGCUGGAAUAUGUGACUGGGGAACCACUCAUUUUAUUCCUUAUAAAUCAGAAAACAGAAAAUAAACCGUAUUUUAAAAACGUAUGUAUACUUAACAUAUGUUUUUAACAAAUAAUGGUAAAAGUUGAUAUAAAGAUGAAAUGGUUGGCUGCACCAGUAUUGAACUUAAAGGGUUUCUAGAAAUGUUUAUAUCAUUAGGUUGGAGAAUUUGUAAUAUAUUGUCCAACUCUCUUAAAUGGAAAUUUUUCUAUAGUUAAAGUCGGAAAUGGUCUCUCUAAAGUCCUUGCUCAAGAAACUUUUUCCUCUGUUUUCCUACUUUUGAGAAAACAGGAAUCUAAAAAUGGCAUAAGGACUACAAAACUGUUUAACGUUGUAGCUAUCGUAAAUGUAUUGCGAUUGUGUGCAUAGCGGAGGAAAGAUUGACCUUUUUAACUGUGUAAUGUCAUCUUGCAAUAAUGUUGGGAGGUUUUCAUAUCUUUUCUACCAGAUCAAAAGAAGAAUUAACGUUGAAGUUACCUGCUAAUUAUAUAGCAUUGUUGAACUGUGGUGGUGUUGUAUUAUGGUUACAACUCACUGUUUCUUACAGAUGAAAUUCAUAUUCCUAAUGUAUCUUGUCUACAUAUGGUAUCAGUAUAACUUUUAAAACAUUUAUGGGUGAAAUUCCAGCACUGGGCUUCUGAAUUAUGAAGACAUUCAGUCUUUAGAACACAAUAUUCUUAUACCAAACAAACACAUUUAUGCUCAAGUAAAUAUUUAUUUAAAAUUACUGGGAUGACGCCUUAAAUCUUAAAUUAGCAUGUACAAUUGUCUAAAACUUUCUGUCACAACAGUGGAAGUUUUAGAUGUAGAUGUAGCUGUUCUAUACAUUCUGUUCAGAUGGAAGCAGGUUUGGGCUUUAAGUAUGGCUGGUGCUCUGAGUUCUUACUAUCUGAAGCAUAAUUUAGUGUGUGCACAAACUAACCUAGUUGUACAGGCUCUGCCUUCCAUUGUGCUUCGUGUUAAUUUCACAGUUGGAAGUGGAUCUUGGCUGUUGCUAGCAUGGAUUUUUGUGGAAUUGGUGGAAGUGAUGAUCUUCCGCACUAUUCUUCCUGCUUCCCUUCAGUAGAGCUAAAAUAAGGUUUUGGCUUUGGAAGUUGUUGAUGGUUAUGUCCUCGUAGCUGGAGGUGAUCUGUCUUAAAGAAAAGGAGCGUACUCAGGCUGCCAUAAUUGCCUGCUAACCAAAAUUCUUAAUACUUGUGCAAAAUCAUAAGAACUAAACUGCAUAGAAGUCCAAACACUCUGAUGCUUUCCCUUGCUAUUCAAAUAGUAAAUUCUGGGCAUGUAGCAAAGCAGUCAUACAAAAUCAAGCUGAAAAUCUAAGCAAAUGCAAAUCCUAAUACCUUUUGCUUAUCUUGUAUUGCCUCCAUUGAUCAACUUUGUUUGACAUUCUAGUUGUGUUGCUUUGCUCUUUUUAGCAUGCCACAAAUAAUUUAAAGUGCUCAGUGCUGUCAUUUCUUGGAGGGGAGUAUUUUGUCUUCAAAGGCUAGGUAACGCUUGUUAUCUGAUGAGAGAAUUCUGAAAUAUAAAGAAGUGAUGCUUUUUUAACAUCAAAAUAGCUUUCCACAAACUUGAAUGUUUUAUAAUCUUUUGCAACUAUUUAAGACCUCUUGUAAGGGUGUCACUUUAAAAAAAUCGUUUGAUCUGGUACUUUAUUUUUAUUACAAGCUUUCAUAGUGUUUUCUUACUAUAUUAAAGUUCAGGAAAUAACAUUUGGCUCUUCAACUUUGCUGUUUGGGUUUUGGCAUUGGGUUACAUAUGUUCUAACUAUUGCCACCAUAUGGUACUCAAAUAGCUCAGAACAGAGCCACCAGUGUACACGCUCCUUGAUGGUGGUGGUGUCUCUCCUGUGAUGAGAAAAAUGAACUGAUGAUGGCAACUGAUUCCACAGUCAUGUGCAUCAGCAGUAAUGCAGCAUAAUUGAGGUAAAUGAUACUUCAGAGCGCAGAAGUAAAAACUCUGGGGAAUGUGGCAGUUCCCUUGGAUAACAUUCACUGAAGUUUACAUCACCAUCUAACAAAUUCUAAGAAGUCGUCAGCCAAACACAUAGUGUAUGCAAGAUGCUUGGACGGUAAAUGUCGUCCUUGCCCUUCCCCCCAAGCAUAGACUAUGCCUGUGCUCUAUAUCUUCUAUGGAUAAAUAGAACAUUCACCCAAAGAACUAAAUUCACAAUGUUUUUCCUUUUUAGCAUCAAGAAUGGCUGAGUUCAGUAGACCAAAUGGCUACUAAUGUUACAAGUUUACACUCAAGUGCUGACCACCUUCAAUUUUCAUCAACAUCAAUAGCAGUUAAGGGUGCUGAACUCAUUGGAGGGUUGGUCACUCAGUGAAAAGUGCUUUACAUUUUGUUUAAAUGUGAGCCUAAAAACUCUGUGCUGUACCUACCUUGUGGGGGCUCCCUGAGGCUGUCCUUUGGGCUGGAAUGCUGCCUAGAAUCUCUUUAGUGUUGUGGCUCCACCCCCACCAUGCCCCUCUCAUGGUGGCACAACAUUUUUGUACAAAACUUGUGCAGGGUCCUUGGAGGACAGCCUUACAGUUGUUUUCUGCAUUGCCAAUUCCCCACGGUCUUUCAUGCUCCUCUGGCCAUUUUACCUAGCAUAAAAGUUCUGGAAUGGGGGUGAGGAGCUUAAAAAGAAGUAGGGCUUUCAAGCGAUUAAUCACUCUGUUAAACAAUUAGAAUACCAUUUAUUUAAAUAUAUUUGGAUGUUUUCUACAUUUUCAAAUAUUUUUAUUUCAGUUACAACACAGAAUACAAAGUGUACAGUGCUCACUUUAUAGUCAUUUUUAUUACAAAUAUUUGCACUGUAAAAAAUAAAUAGUAUGUUUCAAUUCACCUCUUACAAAUACUGUAGUGCAGUCUCUACUGUGAAAGUGCAACUUACAAAUGUAGAUUUUUAUUUUUUUUUGUUU